AUGGAGCGGACUGAUUCCAAGAAGCAGGGUGUGGGCAAGGUUCAGGAGAAGUCUCGAAAAGCCCGCGCUGACAGUAAACUCAACGUCAAAGUAAACGAUUCCCUUGCGUGGCCGGGCAGGGACAAGGUCGAUCCGCGUGCCCCUUAUUACUUCAAGCUGGAGUUGUCAGAGAAGUUCCUCUCAAGCGAGGCUUACAAAUCCAGAGAUAGAAAUUAUAAAGCACUCAAGGCCGAGCUCGCAGCCAAACGCGGCACGGUGGGGUUUUACAAGACGGUCGCCGAUGUUCCAUGUCGGAUACCAGACAACGCAACCUUUCGGCGACAGGCUUGGCUAGUUGGAGUUGCUGUAAACCCGUGGAGAGCUGUGUCUCAGCGCUCGUCGAGCGUCAAAGAGCGACUCGCGCAUUGGGGUGUUUACAUUCGACCGGCAGAUGACAAGGACGCGCCAUAUCGAAUCUUCGGGAUGAACUUUUACAAACAAUACGGCGACGAUCUGAUCCUCGAGGACGUCUGGGGAACCCCCGGUAAAAAUGGAGAAGGCGAAUGGAAGAAGCGGGUUCGACGGGACGAGUUCCAGAUCAUGAGGGACUCCCGCCUCUGUGACGUGAAGAUGUUCUUUAGUCUGGAGGAGUUUGUUCUCUACGCCCAAUGGGUGCUGAAGAACUGGUCGACGGAUGUUGGAUAUCGGGAUGUAGAGGCCGACAAUGCUCCCGGCUACGCCUACUCAUUGCUAGCGGCAAACUGUCAAAACUUUUCGAAACGACUCAUUCGGAAGAUGAGAGAAGACCUCGGAUGGACAAGCCCGAAACGACUGGAACAUCGCUUUGUUCUCGGCGAUCUCGAAAAGGAAAUACGGCAGGGACAUAUUCAUGAUCUCAAGGCCGCCGAUUUUAUGUACGCGAAUGCGAAACUCAAGGCAGCGCUGAGCAUGUGGGCGCCUUUUAUUUGA